AUGGAUGGAGGAUGCAAGUGCGCGGCGCGGCACACCUUCGUCUUUGGAAUACUUAUUCCAGUCCGUUUCCACUGAUAAACCCUCUGAGAUCAGAUGUUGGCGCCAACUCUGUUUUGACUAGUAUCCCAUUUUUUCAGACCUCUCCGUCCUCUCUUGUUUUCCCAAAUUUUUGCCAAGUCGCGGCUUAUCAGUGGUGGGUGCUGUUGUUCAUUAGCUCGCGAAUCCCAACACUAAUAAUCCGCCCGUGUCACUCACUUUCGCCACCCCCCGAAUUCGUCAGCAUCUUCAUCACCUCCGCCUAAUUAGCUGACGCUGUUAUCAUCACCUCCUGACUUUUAGCCCCGCGUUAAUCCCCCCCCACCUAAGCUCCGCCCCUUUUCUGUCUUUUCUUUCUCACAAGAGCUCACCUCCCACGCCCCGCCCCUUCACGUUACAACUGCUCCAUCCCGCUCAGGUAUUUGUUUGUCUUCUUCUAUUCGUGCGUUUUUCAGACGUCGUCCUGUCUUCCUUUCCGUCACUCGUUCAACACUCUUCGUCCCGAAAAUUCAACCGACCGUAAGUGCUUUUCCUUCCAAAAUGCAACAUUUUACGGCCCAAAAGCGUCAGAUAUGAAAGUCAUUAUUGGUCUGUUUAUUAUAACACCUCCUCCAAAGGAAAGUGGCCAUAAAAAGUAAUGGGAGGAAGGUAAUAUAGAUAGGAUAGUGUUGUCUCCAUGUAUUUUUAUUAUUCAACCCCGUACCUGCUCUCCGGGGGCAAUAAUCGUAAAAACUUUUAAUGAGUUGACAGGCAAGCGCUAUGAUAUUUUCCCCAUUUUGUCCACCCGCAAUACUCCAAUAUUUCUCCCGAGUUUAUUGGACUCGGAACCCCAUGGAACCCGAUCGCCCCGCCCACUUUUUAUGCGGCCAUUUGGGUAAAUGGCUUUAAGGCGAGCGGGAGAGAGAAAGGAGGAAGAGGAAUAUAAAAUUAAAGUACCCAAUCAAAACUUUAUCGGCCAUCAUUCCCUUAGUAUCCAUCGAGUCGAGUUAGAGUCGUCUCGCACACGCAACACAACGUUUAUAGGCCAGCGCCUGGAAAACAUCCAAAAAUUGUUAUGCCAUUUCUUCCCUUUCCUGUACUGUACACCCUUUCUCUCUCUCUCUCCUUCUCUCUGUCUCUCGCUCUGGCUCUCACUUGAUGCUCUGUGCUGUGCUCCUGUGCUCAAGUGAGCAAUUGAAAGUGGUGAAGUACGGGAAGGGCACACUGUCAUUUCACUCUCUUCAAUCAAUCGAGAGGCCCCCACUCUUGAUCGCCAAACGCACUUUUCGCUGUUUUUUUCCGAGUUUCUCUGGCCGCAUUAGCUGAAAUUUGUCAAAUAUUGCCGAUAAUUGUGAAAAUUAGUCGAAAGUGUGGCAUUUCUGUUAACUUUCGCUGGUUUUUCGCCUUUUCUGGUCGUACCACCUGACACAGAGGAAAGUUGUCAAAUUUUGGUUGAAAAUCGUGAAAGUGAGGUUUUCCGUUGAUUUCGCUGAUUUUCGCUGUAUUUUCGGCUUGCUCUGGGCGCAUUAGCUGAAACAAAGGACAUUUGUCAAACUUUUGUUGAAAAUUACGAAAAUUAGACGGAAAUGUGAGAACUCUGCUAAUUUUUGUUAUAUUUUCAAUAAAACUAGGUAUAGGUAAGCGUCCUGAGCAAGAUUAGCGCAGAAAAGUGAAACAAACGGGCACGUUUCGUGAAAAUCCCCGAAAAACGGGACGAGUGCGGUAGAGCGCAUUUGCUGACCGCCACCGCGGUUCGUUGACUACCCGCCACUCACUUUUUUGCUAAUUCAUCACAUAAAUAUUCAUCAGUUACACCACCUCCUCCUUCUUCUUCUCCUCCUCACCAAAACUUUUGCUCGAUUAUUCAAGCGCGCAAAAACUUGCGCGUCCGUAACGCCGUGAAAUUCGAUUUGUGUUGUGCGUGUGGGGUGGGUGGGCCUGUAAUGUGAGUUCGGGUUCAGCGGCGCACAAAAGGUUCCCACAAUAAUCAAAUUAGUACUCGGGCCGCCGGAUUUUUGCGGAUCGGACCGCCCUUUUUGGAGUGAGUGGGGAAGAUGUUAUCUGGUGUGCGUCCCGGGCGGGUGGAGGGCACGACGAUAAUCAUUUUCUGCCCCGUCAAAUUUGAUAUUCUAAUUGAUUCGAUCAUCGAAUUUGUGAGUGAGUGAAUUCUUGCGCACCACCACCUCACGAUAUUGAUAUCUUCUGUGCGUGGGUGUGUUUGACCCAAAAAUUUUAGAACUGUAUCUUUUUUUUUCCGGUGAAUUUGGUGAAUGAGCACCCAAAUUCAUUUCCGAGACGGAACGAUAUCCGCAAUGAUUACGCGCUGUAGAGCUGUCGCCUGAUAAUCUGACAAGGCUUUUGGUUCCACCCCCAACGAAGACCUUUCUCGUUUGCUUUUGUUUUUGUGUUGUCGUAUCAUGACUAACUGUGUGUGUGUGCGCACACGCAGAAAGGUUUCCUAAUCCCUUUUCCGUUGCUCUUCUCUUCCGUUAUCACCUCGUUAUCACACAGUGUCACGUCACAUCAUCUCUUGAACCAUGUGUGUAGUUAGUGCAUAGAUGGACUAAUCCGAUAAGACAAGGUGCGAGCGGAAACAGCCGUAGUCGCAGCAGCAGCAGCAGCGAUUUUUGAACACAUGGUCGAUGCGUCGGCAGUAGUCCGUCUAAAUUAGCCGCAUCAUCGUCAUUUGGAUUGGGGGAGGACAACAGACCCAUACACACAUUCCGCGAAUUAUUUCCUGUGCCGAUUCCAUUUCAUUCCACGACGUCGGAAUCGAUUGAAGCGUCGUCGCUGCCAAACUGUCACUUUGGAUCACACUCACCUUCGUUUCCAUUCGGUUUCUUUGUGUGUAUGUCCCGGGGGCGCCUGACCCCUACCCACAGGGCUUCUUCACACUGAAUGGCGGAUAGAAGACCAUAAAAAUCCUCUCGCCAUCCAGAUUUAAUGGUUCUUCUUCUUCUUCUUCUUCCAUCUUCUUCCAUCCUCUAAUGACUUUGUAUUUUUAUUCGCUCGCGCGGGUCUCUGCUUCUCUAAUCCCUCGUCGGCUCAUUAACUCUCUUUGUUUAUUGCGUGGACAUUUGAAUUUUAUGAGAAAGAGUCUCUUCUUCUUCUUUCUCUUCUUCUUUUCCAUCGUCGUCUUCUACUGCUUAAUGUCAUCGUAAACGCUCGUCGCCACCAGAUUUCAGAAGACAAAAGAAGCCAUCGUUUGGUUUAAUUUAACGACUCUCGAAUUUCAGAUGAGCUCCAGCUCUUCCGAGACGACGGCACCCAGCGGCAGCGGCACUCCGACCGGCUUCAUGAACAUGCCCGCCGAGCUCUUCAACCACUUUGACUCGCAUCUCUCGUUCGAGGACUCGAGCAGCUUCAAGGGCGCCCAUCCGCUCAUCGACAGUCUGUUGGCGGGAAAUCUCAACCACUACGAUAAACUUCAUGUAAGUCUCCAGCUUUCCACUUGGAAUCUCUCUUCUAUGUAUCAAUUUUCAGCUGAGCGACGACGAAGACGAAUGCUCGAUCAGCGACACGCGUGGCCGAGCCCCGACGCGAAAAUUCCAAGCGAACAACGCCCCGUCGCUCAUCCGAAUCCUGCCGAACCUCCGUGAGAUCACAGUGAUCAUGAAGGACGUCAACGUGCGCACCCAACAAUCGGUCGUCCCGAAGGUUCACAUCACUGGUUAGUUUUUUUUUCAACGUCAAACUUCACAAACUAAUUUUCUCAGAGUGCACACCAUACACGCCGGGCGGAUACCUGCACAAACUGUUCGCGUGCAUUUCGCCGGCCGAACUCAAGCUCCGACAAUUGUCGCUUCACGUCGACAUCAUGGUCGAGUCCCUUCAGGACGUCUACUGUCUCGCGUGUCCGGUCGAAGACUUGCGAUUUGCGAUGGAACGACUUUCGAUCGCCGAGUUCAACUCUUUCAUUCAGGUAAGACCCUUCCCUAUUCUCUUAUCAACUCUACGUACUCAUUUCCUCAUUCCAGAUCUCAAUCUGCUGCGCGGAAGUCCGUCCGAACGACGAGAACGCCCGGAACUACCUGCUGCAAGGAAUGCAAUUCGCUCUAAAACACUGCAACGAGAUCGGCGCCAAGACAGAGUUUGUGAUCGAGCCGUGCGAGGGCUACGUCGACAUGACCGUCGAGAAGGGCAACGUCGAGUACUCGUUCGCCUUCUUCUACUACAAUCCGACAAUCUGCGAUCCGACGCCCGAAGACGCGUCGUCGAUGAUCACUUCCGAUCUGCAAUAA